AUGGCUUCCUGGUCUUUCACAGAUGCUGCAUGCAGCUUGGAGGCCGUGCGUUUCUUCAAUAGACAGCCAGACAGACAGACAGCGGGCAUCUCCGUCGUCUCAAUACCUCAUCGGAAUCCCUCACCGAGAUGGAACGAGACAGCCCGUUGCGCCUCUCUUGAUCUUUUCGUCGAAGGAAUUGUAUCGAGAGUAUUCAAGACUGUCCGGCAAAUGGCAGACUCGGCAGAAGACCGUUACACCAAACAAGAGUUUCCGGCGUGGUGCCGAUCAAGGGGGAACUUUCAGCAAUUCAGCAAUUACCAAGCCCUUAACAAAGGAGACUGCGCCAUAACAAACACCUCCUCUUCCCUCAUCAUAAACCUUCAGUCAAAUGCCGACUGGGCUCACAAAGAAGAGAGACAGUUGCCAAACGACGUGGGAGCCGUAUCCAGAGUGUGCUCCGAACCGCAGUUCAUGCUGCAUGCAUGGGACCAAAUAUCACCCCAGGCCACCUUGGGCCUUUCUGAAACAUGA